AUGGAUAUGGAUGAUGACCCCGAUCCGGAGAUGCCGCCAAGUGGGACGCCGACGCAUCCCAUCGAAAUUUCAGAUGGAUCGUCCUUUCACGGUUCACCAUACCGAGGGCCAGACAGCUAUGAAGCAAGGUUUGCCUCAUACCCCUGGGAGUUCACUCCCCCUUUCCCGCCACAGUUUCAGCAGCAGGAUCCCUCUGAAGAUUCUCGUUUUCAGGCGGUCACUCCACCACCGCCACCGCCACCAGAGCAGCAGCCGCCUCCGGAGUCACCGAAGCGGAGAAGAUCAAACGCACGGAUGUCCGUGCGAGGGGGAUUCCGUUUCAGCACCCCCCAACCCCCCAGUGGUAGUCAUUACCCGCCACUGUAUGAAGACCCACAAAUGGGUGGGCCUUCAAACCCUGUUUCCGAGGUAGACUCCGCGCCAGUCGCACCACCAUCACCACCACAUAUGGGUUUUGAUAACCCAAUACCUUCAUACGCUGGUGCAGCAGCGUAUAACUCUUUCGAGCAGCCAGGCCGUUUUGGGUAUAACUACUAUAAUGCUCCCGAUGUUGACCCAUACCUGGUAGCGGCAAACUACAAUGCUCUUCAUCCUGAGGGGCCCUAUGGAGUCCCAUAUCAGACUGGGUACCCGGCUUAUGGGUAUCAAUACCCACCACCUCCUCAACCUCUGCAGCAGCAGCAGCUGCAGCCACCGCAGAUCCAGCCACCACAGCAACAUGAGAUUCUUCAAAGGUCGAUUCAGGUGGAGCGUGAGGUUCAGGAGGAGCGUAGAAGCCACCGGGGAUUUCUUAAGGGUUUGACAAGUUUAAUCAAGGGGAAGAACAGAAGGGACCAUUGA